AACUGACGUCAGACCAAGGGACCUACACAGCCUGCGCUACAGUGUAAAGUAGCUUAGUGAGAUGAGAGCAGACAACAUAGCUCUUUAUUGUACUCCGUUGAUCUGAACUCGGUCAUUUUAUUGAUUAGUUAACGUAUAAGAAGGACACGAGUUAAACGCUAACGGUAGUAAACUACAGUUUUUUAACUCGUGCAGAUAAUGUUAGCUAGUGGACGGCUAGCUGAGUCACUUGUGAUGGUCUGGAGUUCUUUAUAAUGACGACGGAGAAGCCGAGAUGGAAGACUGCAAUUGGGAGGACAUUAUAGAAACACCUGAGCUGCCUCUGGAGAUCAUAGUUCACAUCCUGAGCUUUCUUCACGCUUCAGACAGGAAGGAAGCCUCGCAGGUCUGCCGCAGCUGGUACUAUGCCAGUCAGGACUCUCAGAGAAAGAUCACCUUCUGCUUCCCGGCUUCAGCCUCGUCCCUGGAGCUGAUCAGGGGUCUGGGAAGAAAGUCACGAUGUGGUCUGAUUAUCAGCCAGCUCGAUGGCUUCAGUAUGUCCAGAUCACUCCUUCUGGAGGUGGGUGAGUGCUUGGGCCCUAAGUUGGAGAGCUUAGCCCUGCCUGGUAGCAGUGUAACAGAGGCCUCUCUGAUGGCCCUCCUCCCGCGCCUCACCUCCCUCCGCAGCCUAAACCUCCGGGGGCUGAACAGCCUCUUCAUGUCUGGGGCUUUCCUCUCCAGGGAGGAACACAGAAAGCAGGUCAGGUCAGCUCUGUCUGGUCUGGAGGAGCUGGACCUGUCCGACAUACGCUACAUCUCCGACCUCACCUUCAACCGGCUCACCGGCUGCACCCCGCGCCUCCGUCACCUCUCGCUGGCCGGCUGCCAUAUCGCCUUUGAGUUCGACCCGUAUCGAGGGUGCCCGGUGGGAGCUGUUAGGGAUUCCUCAGCAUUGCUGUCACUGAGGAACUUGCGGAGGUUUUUAACGGAGCAGAAAUCCACACUUGUAUCUCUGGACCUCAGCAGAACCUCAAUCACCCCUGAGUCACUACGCACAGUUGCACAGGUUCAGGAUUUGGUCUUGGAGGAGCUAUGUCUGCACGGCUGUAAGGAGCUGACCGACUACUCCGUAGAGGUUCUAGUAAAGCACCAGCCGAGCCUCCAGAGACUGGAUAUCAGUGCCUGCACCGAGCUGACCAGCCGGUCUGUAGAGGCCAUAGCACAUGGCCUCAAGUACCUGACACACCUGUCCUUGUCCCGCGAUUGGAGGAUCACCGAAAAAGGCCUGGCGGACCUUCUGUCCGUCUCAUCCCUGAGGAGCCUGGAUCUGUCCGAGUGUCUGCACGUCAACGGAACAGAGAUAGUAAACGGCUUGGCAGAAUCUAGGGAUGCCAGAGCACAGCUGGAGACACUCAACCUAAAGAGCUGCACCUACAUUAGGGAUCUUGCAGUUUUCUCUCUCACCCAGCUUCUUGGGGAUUCUCUGCGGGAGCUAGACUUGACAUCGUGUGUCAAUGUGACCGACCUGUCUGUGCACGCUAUAGCCACAUACCUGCAGAGGCUGGUAGUUCUGCGGCUCGGCUGGUGCAAAGAAGUCACAGACUGGGGGCUGCUGGGCAUGGUGGAAACAGCCAGGUGUGAUCCUGACCAGGAGACGGGAGACAAGGGUCCCAGGUUCACCCGGACCUUUGGCAACAUGGGCUUCUUCAAGCCUCCCCGUUUGCCGUUCGAGGAGCGACCCAAGAUGGUGACCCAGAACGACCUGCAGCAGUUCAGACAGCAGGCCGGAGCGUCCCUCUUAGCCCUCAGCCAGCUGCAGGAGCUGGACCUCUCGGCCUGCCCCAAGCUCACUGACAGCAGCAUCACACAGGUGGUGCAUUACCCAGACCUCCGCCGCCUGUCUCUCUCCAUGUUGCCGGAGAUCACCGAUGCCAGCUUGGCGUCGGUCGCCUGGCACUGCCGUAGCCUCACCAGCCUGGCAAUCAGCCACUGCCAGAGGAUCACUGACCGCGGAGUGGCACAGGCUGUGCCGUACCUACGCAGGCUGCAGCAUCUCUACCUCUCCUGUAAUAACAUCACUGACAGGUCCUUGUUACUGCUGGUGCAGCACUGCAACCGCCUGAAAACACUCGACAUCUCAAGGUGCAAAAACAUCUCCGUAACAGCUGUGGACCUGCUUCAAUCACAGCUGCCCUUCUUGGAAAAUGUCCACUACAAAUUCAUAGGUGGGUUUGAUAUGACCCUUGCACUCAAUGACUGAAUGAAUGUCGUGGAUGACUGCUGCACCACAGCCUGCUCCACGGGUUUCAGCAAUUUGCACAAGAACUGAAGGGAAAAUGUUGAAAAGUUGUCAUUUUACAGUGGGAGCAAUAUCACGUCACCAAUAUACUGUAUGUCACCCUGUAAGUGGUUUUAUCCGAGUCUCUUUAUUGUGAGACAGAAACCACUUGUUUGAAAAUUAAGAUCAUUAAAGGUGCUCUAAGCGAUAUCACGCGUGUUUUACACUACUACAUUUGUUGUCAUACAG